GCUGCGUGAUGGUCCGCACGACGCGCUCAUCAAAGACUGUCCGCCGCCUUCCGCGCCUGAACGGGCGGGCUCAGACUGAGUAACACCUUCCACCCGAGCUGCCCGUGCCUUAGCUCCCACUACCCUCCUUGCACUCCAAGAUCAUGUCUCAAGACGAUCACGACGCCGAGAUGGACAACGGCAGUUCGUCCGAAGUCCCCAAUGGCGGCACAGCACCAGCAGCUUCCUCCUCAAAGGGCAAAGGCAAGGCCAAGGAGGCUCCUUCGACCUUGGCAGCCGCUCAAGCCAAUGCGACAGACAGUGAAGACCUCCUGCCAUGGGUGGAGAAGUACAGACCGACAACGCUAGAUGAUCUCGUUUCGCAUAAAGACAUUACAGCCACUGUCGAGAAGUUCAUCGAGAAGAACCGUCUGCCACAUCUGCUCUUCUAUGGGCCUCCAGGAACCGGAAAGACCAGUACCAUCUUGGCAAUGGCAAGGAGGAUAUACGGCGAUGAGUGGAAGAAGAAUGUCUUGGAGCUCAAUGCUUCGGAUGAGAGAGGUAUCGAGGUUGUCAGAGAGCAAGUAAAGAGCUUCGCCAGCACCAGGAAUGUCUUCAGCUCCACAUCAAGCGCAUACAAGCUCAUUGUGCUCGAUGAGGCCGAUGCAAUGACUACAGCAGCACAGGGAGCCCUUCGGCGAGUGAUCGAGCAAUACACCCGCAACGUGCGCUUCUGUAUCAUCUGCAACUACGUCAACAAGAUCAUCCCUGCCAUCCAAUCGCGCUGCACUCGCUUCCGCUUCAACCCAUUGGAGCUGGAUCAGGUAGACGACCGACUGCAGCACGUCAUUGAGCGAGAGAAUGUCAACCUGACGCAGGAUGGCAAAGAAGCGCUGCUCAAGCUGUCAAAGGGUGACAUGAGGAGAGCUCUCAAUGUCCUGCAGGCCUGUCACGCAGCAUACGAUCGCAUCGAUGAGGCAGCAGUGUAUAACUGCACGGGUAAUCCUUACCCAGCAGAUAUUGAGGCGAUUGUCACAAGCAUGAUGAACGACGAGUUUACUUCGGCUUACCAGAACAUCACGACGAUGAAGGUGCAGAAAGGCAUGGCGCUCGCAGAUAUGGUCUCGGGCAUCUACGACUUCCUCAUGACGCUCAAGCUGCCAGCCGCCAGUCGCGUAUACCUGCUAGACCAGCUGGGUCAGAUCGAACAUCGUCUCUCCACCGGUGGAUCAGAACGCAUUCAGCUGACGGCCCUGCUGGGAGCGGUCAAGAUGGGCGUGCAAUUGGCAGACGAUCAACAGAAGAGCAAGAAGUAGGUAGGGUCACUGAGAGAGUGACGCAUCUUCGCAUUUCAAGGCAAUAUCACAUGUACAACAAAAGCUUCUCAGG